AUGGGCGCAGAGGAGAGUCUAGUGGAAGCCGCGCUUAGAGUGCUCAACACCGGCGACCCAUUUGAGAAAGCUCGAAUUGGCGAUGAGGUCGCCCAUAAGUGGCUCAAUGGCAGCAUCAGCCUCCCCUACCAUCCUUCCAUGGACAUCGCAGUACCCGAUCGACCAGCCCGCCUUCCUAAUGAUAUAAUUGCUCGUUUUGGAAAGGAAGAGUCCAUGCCAAGAGAUUUUUUCACGGAUUUUGUGAAAGUGGCACAAGAUGAAGGUCGGCAUUUUACCCUGCUUGCAGCACGACUUAAAGAACUGGGCUCUUUUUAUGGAGCAUUACCUGCUCAUGACGGUCUCUGGGACUCGGCUACUGCUACUUCUAAGGAUUUAUUGGCACGUUUAGCAGUUGAACAUUGUGUUCAUGAGGCUAGAGGUCUUGAUGUGCUACCAACAACAAUAUCACGUUUUCGAAAGGGCGGUGAUGGCAAAACUGCCGAAUUAUUGGAGAACGUUAUUUAUCCCGAAGAAAUCACUCACUGUGCCGCUGGAGUCAAGUGGUUUAAGUACAUCUGUAUGAGAUCAAGAAAUCCCAGCACGGACCUCGAUUCUAUAGCCUCCGAGCAAAUAGCUGAAACAGAUGGAGAUGAUAAUAUGCAGUUUGAAGUGAUUGAGAAAUUUCAUGCAAUAGUCAGGGCCUUUUUCAGAGGUCCACUCAAGCCGCCUUUUAAUGAGAGUGCAAGACGAGCAGCCGGGUUCGGACCUGAAUGGUAUGAGCCUCUUGCUGUUAAAUAUUUCCCUACAGAAUGA